CCUCCGAAAACUGUUUAUCUGUGUGGCUUGUAGUGCGUUCUUUCUGAGUUUAUGGGCCACCAUUUUCAUGCUCAGGGUUGCGGAUGAUGUUGUCUGGUCUUCCUCAGAUGACUCUUAUAGUGGACAAGAGGCCGGAAAGGCAAAGGGGAGCACUAACGCAUGUCUCUUAGGAUUUCCCGGUUUUCCACUUCUCAGUGAAUCUUUCAUCUUUCUAGCUCCUGAUAUGGAUGAAGUUUGCAGCAGUAGUGCAACCGCUUUUUGCUGCCUCUUCCCAGUGACUUGAGUUCUGAACUGGUUGCUUUGCUCCUCCAUUUGUUUAGAAGACAACGGUUAUAUAUUGUGUGGGUCACCUAAACUGCAGCUGUUUUUGUCAUGUGGGUCGCAUGGCAAAGUGGGUCAAUGCGGCCACGCAAUUUGCGCUGUUUCCUACUGGUACCAUUUGACGGAUAGUUCAGUUUCUUUCUCGGUUGUCGUGGUCAGAUACCGGGAAUUUUCGGUUGCAAGGGGUUAGGGUAGGUACACAUUGAACGAGCAGAAUGUGAAUCAGGUAGGGUCGGAGUCUGUUUUUAACUGGUGGAGAUAAUCUUUAGGACUUGUUUAGUUGCAUCGAAAGGUUGGAAAUGAUUAAAUAAUCCCUCCUUAGUCAACAAACAACAAUUGUGCAAUCCAAUCUUCAACUCUUUCUUCAUGGUUCAUUUGUAUUUUAUUUAUUCUCUUGGUCGGAUUUCUUCAUAAAUUUGCUGCGAAGCUUAGCUUACAUAAACUGCCGGAAGUCUCGUGUGACGCUAGCAUCAUGAACGGGCAGGUUUCUCAUGUUUGCUGGCGAUUUGAGUGAAGCGAGCACCCAAAAGCCGCCCCACUUUUCUGGUUCUCUUGUGAAAGCCGAUGGUAACAUUUCCGAAAGCGAGCGCAGUCAGGCAGCCGAGCAAGAGGCACAGCGACGGCCCAGUCGAGCUACACGGGACUCUGGCCCGCGUCGCGUCGUGUCGGUGUCCAUCGCUAAAGAUUAGGCAGAAAGAUAAGGAUAGAGUGAGUCAUAGAGCGCAGGUCGAUGUGCUGGUGCGUGCGAGACUUGGUGGGGAAAAACUGUUUUUGUUUGUUUGUAUGUUUGUUGUAACAACACCAUCUACGUACGCCUUUUCAUAGCCAAAGCCAUGAGACCUCAACUGCUACGCUCCUAUUCCUUGAGUUGCCUACGCAUACUAAGACUGUCUCCAACCAUGCUACCUAAAAUUGGAGAUGUAUUCAGUAAUCUGCCUCGCGCCAGAGCACAAGGUCGCGUACGCAUUUGUAACAUUCUCCAACGGCAGACGCAAAAGAGAACCCCUGCGCCAGGCUGUUUCACUCGCGCGCUUAGGCGGAAGCUUCACGCGGGAACGGCGUAUCUGGGCGGGAAUAAGUUACUGCGUCCGCGGGAACCACCUAGACGGCGGGAAAAGUUACCGUGUUCUCUCCAUCGUGGCCUCGUGAAGCCCCAAGGCAGCAAGUCGGCAGCAGCUUGGCGGCAGGAAUCAAUAAAGUAGCAGCCGCUGUUGUUUGCAUGGCUUGGAGGUAUCUGAAAACUUCGAUGCUCGGGGCAGCUGCGGCUUCAUCCAAUGACGACGAUGACCUUGUUGCUGCUGCUGCUGCAGUGGUCAUCCAGGAACUUGGACGCAAACGACGAUGGGGAGGGUCAGUCCCAGGCCACAGGACGUACAGGCGUGACCGCCUUGCAGCACAUCGACAGCUGCACAUGGACUACUUUGUUGAUCGUCCAUUGUACAACAAUGAAAUGUUCAGAAGAAGAUUUCGCAUGAGGCCGGAACUGUUCCAUGACAUUGUGAGGAAGAUUGCUGCCAAGAAAAAAUACUUCCAACUGUCACGUGAUGCUGCAGGAGUAUUAAGUUUCAGUCCUGACCACAAGUGUGCUGUAGGUAUCAAGAUGCUAGCAUACGGAGGACCUGCUGAUUCAAUGGAUGAAUACCUUAAAAUGGGAGAGAGCACUGUCCUUGAGACUUUGAAGGAAUUUGCUUUGGCUGUGGUUGAUGUCUUUGGCGAUGAAUUUCUUCGCCCACCCACAAGUGCUGAGAUAGAACGUAUAUUGAAACGGAAUGAAGAAAGAGGAUUUCCGGGAAUGAUCGGUAGCAUAGAUUGCAUGCAUUGGGAGUGGGCUAACUGCCCUACCGCAUUGGCCGGUAUGUACUUAGGCCACAAAGGGAAGCCAACUAUGAUACUUGAGGCCGUGGCGACAGAGGAUCUUAGAAUUUGGCAUGCUAAUUUUGGUUUCCCAGGCUCCCACAAUGACAUUAAUGUUUUACACCGCUCCAAUGUAUUUGAUGAUUUGGCUAAUGGAAUAGCACCACCUGUUGAGUUCAAUGUUAAUGGCAACACCUACUCCCUUGGGUAUUACCUAGCUGAUGGAAUCUAUCCUGAUUGGGCUACACUAGUGAAGAGUAUCAGUGGUCCAAUUACAAACAUGGAAAAGAUCUUUGCAGAGCAGCAGGAAGCAUGUAGAAAGGAAGUUGAGCGUUCAUUCGGAGUCUUACAAGCCAAGUGGAAGAUAUUGUACAACCCAUCACGUUUAUGGAAGCCAGAAGUAUUGAAUACAAUUAUGCGUGCCUGUGUCAUACUUCACAAUAUGAUAAUUGAGGAUGAGAGGGAUGCUGAUCUACCUAACAUCCACACAUCAGAAUGGCCUAGGGCUGCUAACCCAACUAUUAUCCAGGAUAGAGACAUUCCCUGUAUUGAAGAAUUUGUAGAUGCACAGGCCGUCAUACAAGACAAAGAGACUAAUCAUCAACUCCAGAAGGAUCUGAUGGAGCACAUGUGGAACCUGUAUGGAACAAAGUCUGGACCGUUUGUGCCAAAGCCAAUUGCCUAAGCAACAUAAUUAGUCAUGUAUUUUGUUAUGUAACCUCUUUCCUAGAACUGUAAUCAGCUUGCUUAUUAGCCCUGCUCCUUCUCUGUUGGCUGCUACAAAUUGUAUGUGUUGGCAUGCAUUCUCAACACAAAUGAGAUCAACAAUCACAAAUUAAGUUUGAAAUGAGCUUUACCUGCCUCGGGUGGCACUUGAGAA